AUGUGGUUUCUGAGGAAGGGUGGGCAGGCAAUGGAUUCCCUGUAUGAUCUGGAUUUCAUGUCCAACACGGUGCCUGUGAUUUUGGAUAAUUCGAAAACGUGGCACCAUGUCCUUACUACAAGCAUGAAACUGGGAUCCAGAGGGAUAGCACACGUGCGAGGAGUUAGUCGAACUGAUCUCCAACAGAAAAAAAUGUAUUCAAAUCUUCUACUCAUAAAUCGAACUGCCAGUCCACUCUCAUGGUUCAUGGAGUGCAAGGAUCGGAACAACCGCAGUUCUAUUAUGUUGCCGUAUUCCUUUCUUCCAUCAAUGGCUGCAAAGAAGCUACGAGAUGCUGCGGAAAAGGUAAUCCACUGCAAUUUAGCUACUUUUCGCCCGGGUCGAACCCUCUUCAUUGCAUCCAAUGAGAGGACUCCCGGCUUCUUUUCGCCCUUAUCUGUGAGGUACAAAUUGGCCUAUUCAUCAAAUUACAGCAGUCUUUUGGAUCCAAUAAUUGAGAACAAUUACCAACUGUUCAUGGUGGAGAGGCUUAUUAUGAUGGGAGCCAAAAGCUUCAUUCGAACGUUCAAAGAAGACGAUACAGACCUCAGCCUCACAGAUGAUCCCAAAAAGAACACCAAAAUAUGGCAAAUACCUGUUUAUACCAGGGAAGUAGGGGAAGGAGACAACUGCUGACCUUAAUUUCUCUAAUUUUUGUUUCAAGAAUAUCUGUCUGUGGUGUUAAUUUUUUCAUUAUUUUGUUAAUACUGACAAAUUAUUUGAAAAAUGUUGUUUUGUAUCUAUAAAUUUUGGUUCCUGUAAUUUGUAUUCUGAUCCACUCAUGUAUACUAUACCAUUUCAGAGUAAUAGCAAACAUGAGCUAAUUUACAUU